AUGUGGAAAUGGAUGCUGACACAUUGUGCCUCAGCCUUUCCCCACCUGCCCGGCUGCUGCUGUUGCUUCUUGUUGCUGCUCUUGGUGUCUUCCGUCCCUGUCACCUGCCAAGCCCUUGGUCAGGACAUGGUGUCACCAGAGGCCACCAACUCCUCUUCUUCCUCUUCCUCUUCCUCCUCCUCCUUCUCCUCUCCUUCCAGUGCGGGGAGACAUGUGCGGAGCUACAAUCACCUCCAAGGAGAUGUCCGCUGGAGAAAGCUAUUCUCUUUCACCAAGUACUUUCUCAAGAUUGAGAAGAACGGGAAGGUCAGCGGUACCAAGAAGGAAAACUGCCCGUACAGUAUCCUGGAGAUAACAUCAGUGGAAAUUGGAGUUGUUGCUGUCAAAGCCAUUAACAGCAACUAUUAUUUAGCCAUGAACAAGAAGGGGAAACUCUAUGGCUCAAAAGAAUUUAACACUGACUGUAAGCUGAAGGAGAGAAUAGAGGAAAAUGGAUACAAUACCUAUGCAUCCUUUAAUUGGCAACAUAACGGGAGGCAAAUGUAUGUGGCACUGAAUGGCAAAGGAGCUCCAAGGAGAGGACAGAGAACACGAAGGAAAAACACCUCAGCCCACUUUCUUCCAAUGGUGGUACACUCGUAGAAGAAGGCAAUGCUUAUGGAUGCAGUAGAACCAAAGGCUGUUUUGUCAGGAAUAGUUGGUAAUCUUCAUGAAGACAGUAGCUCAAAAGGCAAAGACACGAUGCAGAUGUCUGUGCACCUGAAGGAAAUGAAGCCUUUGAAGGUUUUUGUACUCAUGGCUGGCAUACGCUGUUCUUUUAAUUAGUUCCGUGUCAUGCCUUAUAAUCACGAUAUAGGCAGAUUAAAUGGAAUGAAAGUGAUUUUCAAGCAAACAACGUUGUGGCUGGGUUUUUUGUUUAGUUCUUGUUUUUGUUUUUUAACCUCUGAGAUAGAACUUUAAGGAUACGGGACAGUCAGUUGAAUGAUCUUCGGGGAAGUUAUUUAUGGAAUAGGAACUCAUAUCAAAGACUUUCAGUGCUCAUUCAAGCCUAAUGACUCAAUGAGUAGAAAGACACGCAAGCAUUUACUGGAAAGCACUUGGGUCAUAUCACAUGCACCGCCAAAGAAGUUUUGGGUGUGGUGUCAUGGAAGAAUUGGAUAGGAUUAAGAAAUAUAAACAUGUUAGUGUAAAACUGUUCUAACAAAACAAAUAGUAUGGUAUGCUUGUGCAUUCUGUCUUCAUUCCUUUCUAUUUCUUUCUAAGUUAUUUAUUUAAUAGGAUGUUAAAUAUCUUUUGGGGUUUUAAAGAGUCUCCUCAGCAGCUGCCCUCUGAUUUUACCUUUCCUUUUUCUUCAGCACACCACAUGCAUAUUCAUGACAAAAUGUUUUUAAAACUUGGCAAACACUUCAAGAA